AUGAGCGCGGCCGCCCUGUUGGCAUUCAUGCUUCUCAUGUGGUGCUGCAUGCUGGUGCGGUUCAAGCUCGCCAUCGCCCGUGGCAUGGCACGCGGCGAGCGCGUCAAGAAGCAGUGGCGCCAGUUCAGAGAGACCCAGGCCGAGGUUGUCCUCUGCCUCAAGGGUGGCGACGCAACCUUGGAGCUGCUGUUUUCGCAGCUGGCGAAGCAGACGCACCGCGCGUGGCAUCUGCGCGUCGUCGUGGAUUCAACCGAGGACCCGGCCUGGAAGCUGGCAACCAGCGCGGUCGCGGCCGCAGAGGCCGCGGGCGCGAGCUGGCAGUCUGCGACGGUCGAGCCGCUCGAGGACCGCCGCCCCGUGUCGGGGUCACUCAAGUGCGCCGCGCUGCGCCAGGCCUAUUCCAAGCUCCUCCCUGAGACUGCCGUUGUCAUCAACGUGGACGGCGACGCGGACGCGCGCCCGGACUGGCUGAUCAUGCUGGUCUCCGAGGUCUGCCAGCCGGGCGUCGGCGCCGCCUCGGGCAACCGCUGGUUCGAGCCACACGGGCUCGGCCCUGUCGGCUUCAUGCGCGCGUUGUGGGGCGUCGUGUGCGCGGCGGUGUGCGACGAGCUGUCGAUACCGUGGGGCGGCUCGCUGGCGGUGCGGCGCGAGGUGGUGGAGGCGAGCGGCUGGGUCGAGCUCAUGAAGACCUCGCUGAGCGAGGACACGGCGCUGCCAGGGUCGCUGUGGGCGGCAGGCUGGAAAUUUGUGUGGGUCACCGGCAUCGUCAGCGUCGACGACAGGCCGCCGGGGGACCUGUGGCCCGUGGCGCGCUGGCUUGCGAGGCAGAUGCUGUGCUCGCACCUCGACCACCCGCUGUUCCGUUACACGAUCCUGCCCUUCUCCCUCGCGGCGGUGGCGUCGCUGCUGGCGGCGUAUGGCGCGACGAUUCUGCUGAGCGGCGCGAUGCUGACCAUCGCGCGCGAGAUCGCGGCGGCCACGAUCCUCAAGCCCCUAGACCUGCAGCUGCCGCCCCGCGCCACUCUGCGCUGGGCGGUCGGCAGCUUUGUCUGGGUGCACUUCUCGCAGAUAGUUUCCGGCAUCGGCUGCUUGUGGUGCAUCUUCACAAGCAGCGUGGAGUGGCGCGGCGUGCACUACGGGCGGACCGGUCAUCGCCACAUGCACAUCUUGCGCGUCGACGGGGAGGCGCCUGGCGACGCCAAGUCAGCCGCUGCCGCCGUCGCCGCCGCCUGCAAGGGCGCGGCCGUCCGGGCCCCGCUGGUCCCUGGCGCGGCCCUGAUCAAGUGCACCAAGCUGGCUUGA